AUGGCGCUCUUUUUAAUCAUUACCUUGAUAUUAAUGGAUGUUGUGAACGCAGCAGCUCUUUCAGCCAGUUAUCCAAUCAACGCACAACUACCUCCUGUCGCUCGAGUUGCUCAGCCAUUCAAAUUUGUGUUUGCCGAUAGCACAUUCGCCAAUACUGACUCGAAAACGAAGUAUUCCCUUUCGGAUGCGCCAUCAUGGCUCUCGGUUGAUAGCAGUAGCCGCACUCUAUCAGGUACACCACACUCAGAAGACAGUGGCGCUAAGACAUUCAAGCUUGUGGCAUCAGAUGAAUCCGAGUCUGACAGUAUGGACGUUACUCUGAUUGUGACAGUAGACCAAGGACCAAGCGAAGGCAUGCCUCUUAUUCAACAGCUACCAGCCCUUGGUCCCGUUUCCUAUCCCUCGACACUAUUCAUUCAUCCUGGUCGGCCAUUUUCGAUUAGCUUUGACCCGGACACUUUUCAUAACACUCAUCCUUCUACAAUCUACUAUGGAACUUCCCCUAAUAAUGCACCGCUUCCAUCUUGGAUUAGCUUCGACCCUUCAUCCCUAACAUUCGCCGGUUAUACCCCAGCCUUCCCAGGCUCUGAGUCUCAAGCGUUUACUUUUCAGCUUUUGGCCUCUGAUGUAGCGGGCUACAGCGCCGCCUGCAUGACUUUUCAACUCGUCAUUGGCUCUCAUAUCCUUGCAUUCAAUGAGACGGAUCAACUCUUCAAUCUCACGCGAGGGAACAAAUUCAGCAGUCCAAAUUUUCAAAGUCUUUUAUCUCUUGAUGAUUCACCAAUCUCGAGUACAGACUUGACGAACAUUGACGCUCAGCUGCCAGACUGGCUGUCACUUAAUAACUCCACUCUUUCCUUGAGCGGAACUCCCCCCAAAGAUGCUGUGAAUCAAAACAUUACCAUUACUGUUGUAGACAGCUACUUGGACCAGGCAAAGCUUAUGGUGCGCUUGGAGUUUCUGAAGCUCUUCCUUGAAAACGUACAAGGAUGUGAAGCAACCAUUGGCGAAGACUUCACCUUUGUUUUCAACCAGUCAGUUGUAACUGAUAAUUCUGUGCAACUUGACGUCAAUCUAGACGAAGAUCUUUCUUCAUGGCUCGCUUAUUACCCGAGUAAUAAAACGCUUUUUGGACACGUUCCAUCAGACAUGCAACCGCAGAAGUUCACUAUCCCAUUGAAGGCACAACAAGGGGAUAUCGAUGACACACAGGAAUUCGAAUUGGACGUUUUAGAACCCUCUGAUACGAAUUCAAGCUCCAAGGAUCCAUUUUCCGAUCCUAGCCCCUCCCACAAGAAAGCUGGCGUUAUCGCGAUAUCAGUGGUGAUUCCAGUUGUGGUGAUGAUCAGUCUUGGCAUCAUUUUCUGUUGCUGGCGCCGCAGAAGAAAGUCUACAGCUCUAAAGGAGGAGGGAGAGUUUCAGGCAAAGCUCCCUCCACCACGGCCUGUGCGCCCAGAUGUUCCCAGCGGUGAGAUGAGUGAAACUGAAAGGCUUUCACAAGAUGACAACUCGGUUGAAUGGAUGAGCCCUAUAUCGCCUGCAUCAGAUAUCCCCAAGCUCGAACUUGGACCCGCAGAGCUUGGACCCGCAUGGAACGUGGCAUCGUUUGAGAAGCCGGUAGACUCGAUGAGCGCGAUUCCCGAGCCUGUCCCGCCGCCCCGUUCUCCCGCACGAGCAGGCUUUACCUCAUUGAGAGAUACAAACGCUCAAGAGAAUAGUCCUAUCAGGAUCUCUCCAGCCAAGAAUCAAAACAAGAUCACUUCAUGCUCAGGCAGCCCAGGUCUUCGUCGCAGAACCAGCAACCGCUCUCGACGCGAGCCCUUGAAGACAAUCCAGCCUCGAGCCAUGAAGCGAGAGUCUGUCCAGUCAUCUCGAUCAAAGCGAUAUUCGAGGCGUUCUAGCGGGAUCUCCACAAUUGCCUCUGGACUUCCAGUGAGACUGAGCGGAGCCGGUCAUGGUGCUGGUGGAUUUGGUCCUCCUGGACACGGAAUGGUGCACACAUCAUGGCAGAGCACUAUGGCUUCUUUUAUGAGCGAUGAGAUCAACAUGAAUAACAUGACACCCUUUUACCCUCGGCCCCCUCCAUCUACUCGCAUGAGACAUAGCAUGGCAUCCAGCAUUCCAGAAAAUCCCAAGCGAGUCACGAUGAGGACCGUAGAACCAGAAGAAUCGACCAUAUCCGAGGCAGAUUCACUUGAAGCUUUCGUCCAAGCUCGAGCGAAGUACCGAAACUCGACAAAUCCCCUGUUCUCUGCCCAAACCAGUCACCGCACAACCUCUGGUCUGCGUGCUCUGAAUCGCAAUUUCAGCCAGCGCAGUCGUGCCGACACAGUCUCUGUGUCCACCUUCACUGAUGAAUUUCGUCAAUCCAUCCAAGAACGACCUUAUUCUACAGCCUUAUCUGUCUCCGAAUAUGGAGAUGAGAAUCGCUUCUCCCAAUAUCAGCCCAUACAGCCCCCGCCGGGGUUAUUUCCUCUAAUGGAGGGUGGCCAGAGCCAGUUGAGCCUAGCGCAAGACUACCGGGGCGUCAUCUCACCUCUACCCCGAUUUUGGAGUGAAAAUAGCCUAAGCAGUAGCCGGCAUGGAAACCAUCCUAAACACCAACCGCGGGAGAGCGAGUCGGCUGUACCACAGAGCUCUUCGAUGGUCUCUGACUUGGAACAACAUUUGUCCCGAAAAGCGAGCCUACAGAAGGGCAAAAUAUCUCCUCGCCAACCUCCACUUAACAUGAGGGGUAUGAGCUCCCGGGGGCUACCCAUCGUCAGCAGUGGAGAGCUAGCAUUCGUUUAA